CUCGGGAGGACCAUGGCGUCCCCAGCGCUGGCCGCGGCGCUGGCGGUGGCAGCGACUGAGGGCCCCAACGGGAGCGACGCGGGCGAUUGGGGUAGCGGCGGGGGUGCCAACGCCUCGGGGACUGACUGGGGGCCGCCGCCGGGCCAGUACUCCGCAGGUGCCGUGGCGGGACUGGCAGCCGUGGUGGGUUUCCUCAUCGUUUUCACCGUGGUGGGCAACGUGCUCGUGGUAAUCGCUGUGCUGACCAGCCGAGCGCUGCGCGCCCCGCAGAACCUCUUCUUGGUGUCUCUGGCCUCAGCUGACAUCCUGGUGGCCACACUGGUCAUGCCCUUUUCGCUGGCCAAUGAACUCAUGGCCUACUGGUACUUCGGGCAAGUGUGGUGUGGUGUGUACCUGGCACUGGACGUGCUCUUCUGCACCUCGUCCAUCGUUCACUUGUGUGCUAUAAGCCUGGACCGCUACUGGUCGGUGACGCAGGCGGUAGAGUACAACCUGAAGCGCACGCCACGCCGUGUCAAGGCCACCAUCGUGGCCGUGUGGCUCAUCUCGGCUGUCAUCUCCUUCCCGCCUCUCGUCUCCUUCUACCGACGGCCCGACGGCGCCGCCUACCCGCAGUGCGGCCUCAACGAUGAGACCUGGUACAUCUUGUCGUCCUGCAUAGGCUCCUUCUUCGCGCCCUGCCUCAUCAUGGGCCUGGUCUAUGCACGCAUCUACCGCGUGGCCAAGCUGCGCACGCGUACGCUCAGCGAGAAACGUACCCCCUCUGGCCCCGACGGUGCGUCCCCGACCACAGAGAACGGGCUGGGCAAGGCAGCGGGGGAGAACGGGCAUUGCGCGCCCCCGCGCACCGAUGUGGAGCCAGAUGAGAGCAGCGCGGCAGAGAGGCGGAGGCGCCGGGGAGCGCUGCGCAGAGGAGGGCGGCGGAGAGAGGGAGCCGAGGGGGACAUGGGCAGUGCAGACGGACAAGGACCGGGGCUGGCGGCCGAGCAGGGCGCUCGGACAGCGUCUCGGUCCCCAGGACCUGGCGGGCGCCUGUCACGAGCAAGCUCGCGCUCCGUCGAGUUCUUUCUGUCGCGCCGGCGCCGGGCGCGCAGCAGCGUGUGCCGCCGCAAGGUGGCCCAGGCGCGCGAGAAGCGCUUCACCUUCGUGUUGGCGGUGGUCAUGGGCGUGUUCGUACUGUGCUGGUUCCCCUUCUUCUUUAGCUACAGCCUGUAUGGUAUCUGCCGCGAGGCCUGCCAGUUGCCUGAACCGCUCUUUAAGUUUUUCUUCUGGAUCGGCUACUGCAACAGUUCGCUCAAUCCUGUCAUCUAUACCGUCUUCAAUCAGGACUUCAGGCGCUCUUUCAAGCACAUCCUCUUUCGAAGGAGGAGAAGGGGCUUCAGGCAGUGACCCUCAGGCCUCCUGGCACUGACCUCCUGGACAGCUCCAAACUCGGGCCGGCAGAGGGACCAAUCAGAGGUGGCCUCUCCAGAGUUCCAGGAGUGGCCUGGAAUUCAGGGCGCAGUGUGGAAUGUAGCCAGCAGGAGCUGGGCGAGAGACAACUGGGCCUCGGGGAGUGGGGAGGAGAAAGGGAGACCCCUUUGCCUUCCCAUCUCAGCGAGUGGCUGUGGCUAGGUUGUGGAUCCAGUUCCUGAGAGAGCUUCUGUGGAGUGUGACUGUGAAGUUAGGGUUUUAGACGGCAGCAAGAAAGGACCCCCCCCCCCAACUCUCAGCGUUCCCUAUGAGCAAGGACUGACUUCCUAUGACCUAAAAAGCGUCUAUCUGGGGGAGGAGAGAGGGUGCAGACAAUCUCUGGUUACUGAGAGUAUUUGUUUUCCCAAAAACAAUGACAGCCAAAACAACCAAACCAUUUUCUAAAUAAA